UUUCCGACUCGGAAGGUGGCCCCGGCGAAGAACGUCGCCGAGUACGACCUCAAGGACAUCUCGUACAAGGUGAGGGGCCCCACCUGCCACGAGCUGACGCUCCUCGGCUCCUCGGACGAGCCCAUGGUGUUUAACUUCGAGGAGGAGCGGGAGGCGCAGAAGUGGUGGACGAUCGUGAGCAGCUCCCUGCGGGAGGUGCAGAAAGCCUCGGACAGCACGCUGGCGUCCCAGGCCUCAUCCCUGCCCGCGGCUGCCGGGGGCGUCUCUGCAGAUCAGGACCCGGAGGCAGCUCCGUUCUUGGAGCUUUCCGAGAAAGAGGACCUGGCGCUCCACCUCGCCCAGGCCAUCGAGUACGGAGACGAGGAGGUGGCCUCGCAGUGUGCCGUGGCCCUGGCUCGCCAGCAAGCCACGCUCAGUAUCCUCUUGAAGGAGUCCAACUACCCCACGGACGAUAUCAGCUGGACCGGGGAGAGAAAGUACGACGAAAGGCUCGUGGGUCGAGGCACGGGCCAGGAGCUGCUGGCGGAGGCAGGCAGGGCGAAGGCCGGGGGGAGCCUGUCCCAGUUGCCAGGGAUGCGAUACACGGAUCGCGGUUGGAAACCCGGCGUCGGACCUCGCGGGACUCCCCCCGUGGGGCACCGCCUGCGGCGUUGGCUCCGCGGCUCGGAGCAGCAGGCUGAGAGCAUCGUACCUGGCGAGCGGCUGGUGCCGACUCACACUACAAUAGUAACGCUCAAGCAGCAGGUCUUCCAAGAUUACGGGUUCCACCCCUUGGUUCAGCGCUGGAUCAUCGGGCAGUGCCUGUGCGUGGACGAACGGACCGUUUCCUCCUAUGGCAUCCGCAGGGAUGGCGACACCGCGUUCCUCUACCUGCUCUCGGCGAAGAUGGCCGAGCUCACCGAGCAGCGCUACGAGGAGGACCAGGCGCGGGUCAUGCUCAGCUCCACCUCCUCGCCGACCGACGUCGCCGGGGAAAGGCGAAAAUACAACACCCUGCCCAACAUGUCUCCGAAGAAAGGCUGGGGGAAUGAGUCCGGCAGGAAGAUGGACAUCGGUGAGAUCAGCCAGCACUUGGACACGCUGCAGAUCGGCGACCUUUUCAGUGCCCAGCCGAAGCCCGCUGCCACGAGUCUGCCCUCGCCAGUGCAGGCGGGCUGGUCGUGUCCAAAAUGCACCUUCAUCAACAAGCCCACGCGGCCAGGCUGCGAGAUGUGCAGCACGGACCGUCCCGACGACUACGUGGUCCCCGGCAGCUACAAGCCGGACGAGACGGAGCUGUGGAGGAUGCAGCAGGAGCAGGAGGGGAUCCUGCAGUACCAGCAGGCGCUGGAAGCCGAGCGGCUGAAGAACUUCCAGCAGCUGCUGCAGAUGGAGGAGGAGGUGCUGGUGCCAACCGGGAGGGUGCUGGAGUGUCGCAUCUGCUACCAGCAGGUCGCCCCGGGCGAGGGGGUGCUGCUGCGCGAGUGUCUGCACAACUUCUGCAGGUAA